GGUACAUCCGGUUGUCUAGCUGGUAUAAAUAGCUCGGGAUCGUGUAUCCGUUUUAUAACAGUGUCUCGUGAGGGAAGAGUCUUAACUAACUCAACAUGCAUUUACUUAUUUGGCUUUUGACGAUAUCGCUCUGUUAUUUAUCAACAAAAGGAGCGGUCCUAAAAUUUGUUAGCGUGACACCAACGCUGGCUAACAACAACUCGUGUGGGCUGGUCACCUGUGAGCACACUUUACAACAAGGGAACCUCUACGUCCAAGAGAUACGCCUCUACAAUGUCGCCCAAGGCGGAUCAUCAAGGCUAGCCAUUGUCGAAGGUGAAAAUUGCGACAAAGGCAAGCAUCAAAGCGUUUCCUCGAUCAGGCAGUCCUUUUCAAGGUCGGGCGCCAGCGUGGUGGUGGGAGUCCGAGGGGCGGCUAUCUGUAACGAGGGCGAGUUUAUGUGUGAGGUGACCUACGUCAAUGACCAGUUAGAGAAACUGACGGAUGUCGUCAUCGUGCGAGCCAAUGUCCGUCUUCCUUCAGUGGACGGUCUGUGUGAAGCUGUGAGCGAGGUGACAUCGACAUUAGAAGCAUUACAGAAUCAACUCGCUAAUCUAACUCAGUUUGCCAAGUCACAAAAUUUAUGUUCGACUGAAGUUACCUACCCUGAAGGAAAACUGGUUUUUCGUGGAACUAAGUCCGUGAAAUCUUCUGUGUACGAGGCGUAUAGAUCUGGCGCAGGCGUACCGGAAACUGUAGAUGACGGAUGUAAACAGGUUGGCAAAUCAAUGAACUGUUCCAGCCACUACAGAAACAAUGAAAUAUUGAACAACUGGAAAGGCAUCUCCAAUGUCACCUUGGCCAUCUACAAGGACAAUGUCAAGGUCAAACAGGUCGUUUUCAACGCAGUAGGAUCAAACUACAUGAGCUGGUACGAGAAAGGGCGAGUUCUGGACUCGUCGUGGUCAGACCUGAAAUCUGCGACCGCCAAUUACUUCCGCAUCGUGGGGCAUCAGGAUGGCGGGCUGAAGCGGACAUUCUUUAUGAACCAUUACUACAGCACGUGCGCAGUAGACGUGGGCUGGUUUGUUGCUCUGGACGCUAACCAAGGUGGCUGUGAGUGGGAAAAAAAUGAUGGGUUCCCCGCGUUCAAAUACGCCGCUGGGGAUCAAAGAGUUAACUGGAACACCGCUGGUGUAGGCGUGGCUGAUUACAUCGCCAUAUUUGUGAAAUAGUUGGAGGAGAUUGCCUUUGUGACAAUGACAAUUUCAUUACCUUUGUGACUAUCCCAUCACCUUUGUGACAAUCUCAUCACCUUUGAGACAAUCCCAUUACCUUUGUGACAAUCUCGUUACCUUUGUGACAAUCUCGUUACAUUUGUGACAAUCUCAUCACUUUGAGACAAUCUCAUCACCUUUGUGACAAUGUCAUCACCUUUGAGACAAUCUCAUCACCUUUGAGACAAUCUCAUCACCUUUGUGACAAUCUCAUUGCCUUUGAGACAAUCUCAUUACCUUUGCGACAAUCUCAUCACCUUUGUGACAAUGUCAUCACCUUUGUGGCAAUCUCAUCACCUUUGAGGCAAUCUCAUCACCUUUGUGACAAUCUCAUUGCCUUUGUGACAAUCUCGUCACCUUUGUGACAAUGUCAUCACCUUUGUGGCAAUCUCAUCACCUUUGAGGCAAUCUCAUCACCUUUGUGACAAUCUCAUUACCUUUGCGACAAUCUCAUCACCUUUGUGACAAUGUCAUCGCCUUUGUGGCAAUCUCAUCGCCUUUGAGGCAAUCUCAUCACCUUUGAGACAAUCUCAUUGCCUUUGUGACAAUCUCGUCACCUUUGUGACAAUCUCAUUGCCUUUGUGACAAUCUCAUCACCUUUGUGGCAAUCUCAUCACCUUUGUGACAAUCUCAUUGCCUUUGUGACAAUCUCAUCACCUUUAUGACAAUCUCAUUGCCUUUGUGACAAUCUCAUCACCUUUGAGACAAUCUCAUCACCUUUGAGACAAUCUCAGUACCUUUGUGACAAUCCCAUCACCUUUGAGACAAUCUCAUUACCUUUGCGACAAUCUUAUCACCUUUGAGACAAUCUCAUCACCUUUGAGACAAUCUCAGUACCUUUGUGACAAUCUCAUCACCUUUGAGACAAUCUCAUUACCUUUGAGGCAAUCUCAUCACCUUUGUGACAAUCUCAUCACCUUUGAGACAAUCUCAUUACUUUUUGUGACAAUCUCAUUACCUUUGUGACAAUGUCAUCACCUUUGAGACAAUCUCAGUACCUUUGUGACAAUCUCAUCACCUUUGAGACAAUCUCAUUACCUUUGAGGCAAUCUCAUCACCUUUGUGACAAUCUCAUCACCUUUGAGACAAUCUCAUUACUUUUUGUGACAAUCUCAUUACCUUUGUGACAAUGUCAUCACCUUUGAGACAAUCUCAUCACCUUUGUGACAAUCUCAUCACCUUUGAGACAAUCUCAUCACCUUUGAGACAAUAUCAUUACUUUUUGUGACAAUCUCAUUACCUGUGUUCUUUCAGCUCAGUGCUAAAAUGUUGGGAAUGAAAUGCAACUCGAUCCCAGACUAGCAUUCCUAAACUUGUAACAAGAGGCAUACAAAUGAACUGACCCAAUCAUUCACUCUUGAGAUUACUCUGAAAGACACAAAUACUCUGAAAGACACAAAGAUAAAGGCACAUUCCUCGUACCAUAUGCUAGGACAAAUUUGUACAAACACUCCUUCUUCCCUAGUGCUAUUAGAGCAUGGAAUGGGUUGCCUGAGCUAGCCAGGAAAACCAGUGACUUGGCUGAAUUUAAGUCAUUGGUUUAUAUGCAUGACUAAAUGCAUGACGCGUAGGACGUAAUCAUCUUCUUUUUUGAAUUAACGUCUGUAUUAUAUAAGAUAAGAUAAGAAGAGAGUCUUAUGACUAUUCAAAGCAAAGCUAAGAAAUCCAAUGACACAGAGAAGAUACAAGAUAAUUUUUUUUAAAUAAUAGGCACAAAUCAUUUUUAGCGGCCCUCGAAAGGGGAAAAAACGCUAUUAGUUUUGUGUGGAAUGUCUGUCUGUCCGUCCGUCCGUCUCGUUUCGAUCUCGUAAACUAGAAAAGAUAUUGAAAAUCCGACAUCAUGACCUUUCAAAGUUCUGAUGCAACGGCUACUUUUUUUCUUUUCUGAAAGUGAAACAUUAAAUUUUUAAAAUCAACUAUGCAAGCAGGGUUUUUUUUUUCAUAUAAAUACACAAUUUUUACAACUAUUCACAAUUAAUAGUAACAAACACAGGAUGCUAUUUAGUAUGAAAAAAAAUAAAGAUCUACCAUAUUUUCAGUAGAUUUAUGCAAACGGUUUUAGAGUUUUUGUAAAAAGAAAUUAUUUUUUGUUACAAAUGCAUUGCUAAGUUAUGUAAGUUCUGUCAUACUAAAUACUACAUUUACAAAAAAUUGUCACUUUUUUUUACAAAGAGAUAAAAUCUAUUUAAUAAGCAUAUAAGUGGAACAUACUUUAAAACAACAAUUUAUAAGUAGUGUUUCAUAUUAUCGCGUGAACUGCAGGGUAGUGCUACAUCCGCAAGACACUUAACUAAGGAUUUUUUUUUAAACGAAAUGUUUUGUGUUGUUUUUUUGUUUUUGAGACUUUGAAUAAGAGAUUGACUCUAUACAAAAACAAUUAGAUCAAUAAGAUAAUCAUUAUAUGAAAUCAAUCAGGCCAAGUUCACAUCUAACUUCACCUUCACUUUCACCUAUCCUUUGGUCUGCUAGACCGCUGGGGCACCACACAAGAUCUGUCAAUCUUCUUUCCCCUUUCUUCUCUGUAAUUUGCCUUUGAUAGAAUUUCAUUCUAUUUUUUUCUGAAAAUAUUGAAACCUGCUUUUUUACCUACCUGGGUGGACCACUUCGGGGACCGAUUUUGAGUUUGUGUUUCCACACAAACUGUCUUUUGUAACCUUGUUUUAAUAUCAACUUUUUCUGAUAUAUUUCAUUUAUCGUUAUAAUGUUGUUGCUUUUUAAUGUAUAAUGUAUAAAAUAGUGGCAUUUGUUCUGCUGGUAAAAAUGAAAUGUCAUUUUGUUAAAUAUAGAGGGUGAAAGUAAGCACAUAGAAACACAAUGUUAUCACAUGACCGGAUGUAUGUGAACAAGUGUCAAGGGGAUUUGAAUUAGAGUUACUAUCUAAUCUACCGGAGAAUCGGUCGGAGAUUGUACUCGGUCAGCCUAGCGGCCAUAUAGACAUAGUCUAUGGAUAAUAGUGAGCAAAUAGAUGUUAUCUUAUCAGAUUUUCCCAAGGCUUUUAACAAAGUUCAACACCUUAGUUUGCUUAAAAAAGUAAAAUAUUUUGGCAUUGAUGGUCCAUUGCAUCUGUGGAUUAAGGAUUUUUUGAUAGGGAGAGAACAAACUGUAAUAAUAAAUGGCUCUAAAUCAGGGGUGGGCAACCUUUUUGUAUCGAGGGCCGCAUUUGUCUAAAUUUGGGAAUGGCGGGCCGCAUAUGUAUAUACAACUUAGAAAGAUACUCUAGCUGUGUAAAAAUGGCUUUUAAUUCAUAUUUACACUGUAUUAUAUUCACGUUUUUUUUCCACACUCCACGUUAAGGAAUUACAACAAGAGUUUUUAAACCAAAUUAAGAA